AUGUAUGAACAUAAUCAGAACGGAGAUUACCCCGGGGGAGACGGGUACGGCGACUUCUACGAUGCUGGAGAUCAAGCUCACAACCAUUUCGACUACCCACAACAAGAUUUCGACCAGGGGCAAGACUAUGGGUACGACGACGACUCCGCUUUCCCAGAAGGACAGAUGGAGCAGCGUGGCGACGAUGGCACGAACGACUAUAGUGCGCAGCUACAGGAGCUCGAGGCCAAGCUCGAUCAGCUCGAGAGAAAGUAUGAGAAAACUUACUAUUCUGCCGAACCAGACGAAACCCAGCAACCAAAGCUCCACUUCCAUUCAUUGGACAUGACCAGGCUUUGUUUCCAAAUCCUGAAGAUCGACCCGGAAAAUCAGCGUGCAGCCGCACUGCACAGUGAUCACACGGCUUCAGUUUUUGGCCAGUUCUAUGGUCAUGAAGGCGUCGACCCUAGCCUGCACAAGCAGAGAAGGCCCGAGCACAUAUUCGGAGUCCCCCGUCCUGGAGGCAUGUAUAGCGAUUCCGAAGGUGGGAGCGAGCCCGAGGGCUACGACGAGGGCUUCGAUAGCGAAGACUAUCCAGAAUAUUCGGCAGGAGAAGGCGGGGACCAAUAUGACCCAGAGUAUGACGGAACGGGAGAAAAUGAGGAGGAUCCCGACGAACACGGUCACGGAAACUACGAUGGGUACGACCCUCAGGAUGCCGACGCUGAGCAACCGUGGGAGGAUGGCGAUGGCGGGGAGGGCAGUGGGCACUGGCAUGGUGGACACGAGUAUGGUGGCGGUUCAGGUGGUGAGCAGUACGGCCACAACUGGGAAAAUGGAAGGGACAACGACGACGGUGACCAGCAAGGUGGAGAAUGGGAGAACGGCGAGUGGCCAAACGGAGGACACGACAGCAAUGACCAGUACCCGGAGGAUUAUUGGCCAACCGGAGGUGAGAAUGACCACAGUCACCACAAUCAAGGAGGAGACUGGCAAGGUGGAGGGUAUGGUGACGGCGGUGAUGGCCACCAGACUGGACAUCCAGGGAGCGUGGAGAUGCACAUUGUUAUGAGGUGA